AUGCGCUUCCUGGCUCUCGCGUUCGCGAUCAUACUCUCCCACGCGCCGCGCGCAUAUGCCGGCAGUCUGGGCGCGCAAGGCGGCGAUGCGCCUGAGGAACCCUUUCUCAGCCUCAUGGGAAGAACGAAACUUCGCGUGCCUAUCGCCACCACCACCGACGUCGACGUCUUCGCCUCUAGCUCUUAUUCCGCGUCCGCGUCUCCCGGCGCGCCCCUCCUCGUGUUCCUUCACGGCUUCUGCCUUCCCGACGCGGAGCAGCAAUCGUACUCGGUGAACGCCUUGCGCUAUAACGCGGGCGGGGGUCAGAUACCACGGCAACAGACGCUCUCGCAGUUCAACGCAGACUGGUCGCUCGACGUGGCGGAACGAGGGCCGUUCCUCUACGCCGCGCCCACCGCGCCGCACUUCACACGCAAGUGCGCGCUGUGCAACAUCGGCUUGGACUCCCCGAACGCCGGUGACAUGCUCACCGUGAGGUUCAUAAACAGCACGCUCGAGCGAGUAGCACCCGCGUGGCACUGCCCGGCUUGGGACGGCUCGGACGCGUGCUGCAACCCGGAGUUCUCAGGCGCCAGCGAUGACGUCGAGUACGUGCUCCAACUCGUCGACGCGAUCAAGUUCCGGCACAACGUCGACCCGGACAGGGUCUACCUCUUCGGCAUCGCCACCGGAGGGUUCAUGGCCAAUCGAAUCGCGUGCCAAGCCCCGGAGUCGUUCGCGGGGAUCGCGACCUUCGCGGGGAGCGUCUGGGCGGAAAAAUCGAGGUGCGACCCUCCCGCAGGUGCAUCCACCAACGUGCUCAACAUACACGGAGAUGCGGACCUGACGGUGCCCAUCGAGGGCGGCGUAAACUUCGCGGGAGUGCCCUUCCCGGGGCAAAACAAAACCGUCGACACCUUCGCGACGACCUUCGGGUGCGAGCCCGCGAUCGCGUCGCCCCCGGGGACGGUGACGCUUCCAGUCGGCGACGGCUCCGCGCAGCGCGAGGUGGACGCGAGAGUGGUCACGUUCGGCGGGUGCGCCAACGGCGUCGAGGUGGAGCAGUGGACCCUGCCGGGCGUGGACCACUUCAUGGAAAAUCCCACAUCCUACGCCAUGUUCGACGCGGCGCUGGAAUGGCUCGCGUCCAAAAACAGGCGCGACCAUCGAUCCGUCGCGUGA